UAGCAAACUCACCGGUCGAGUUGCCAGCAUAAUGAAGCUUCAGUUUAUCGGUCUGAUUUUGGCGAUCGUGAUUCUGAGAGAGAUUCGGGCACGUGAGGCGGUUGCCCCCAUUCCAGAUGUGGGUCAGGUAAUCAAAGAUCUCGAUGGACUGCACAUUGAUGGAACAACAUUUGAGCAAGGUGCUCCCUGCAGAGUGAAUGUGCAAAGGGAUCUGCCUCGUUCCGACCAAGUGCAGCCGCUGUACCUGCGCCCUGGGACUGAUCUCUACUGGCUGCCCAAUGCCGAUGGCCACCUGGAGGUUAACCGCGGCGCCAGCAUCGAGCUGCACUGCAGCCAUCCUUUCGCACCCGCGAAUGGAGAGUCCUUGGAUGCGAAGCUGCGCUCCAUUCGCGUGAAGUGUGUGCAGGACACCACCUUCGAGUGGCUGGGGGCCAAAAUCCAAUUCAGCGACUUUGUCUGCAGUCACUCUAUGUCCUACACCGUGGAGCGAUUGGACAGGAGUUGUGGCAACGACACUACGAGUCCAUCCAACUCGUACUUGUAUCGCGUGGGCUAUGACACCGGAGAUGGCAGAUUUGUGGUCACCAUGGAGCUGUGCCACGACCCAAAACACCUGCGCACCCACUACGCCCACCAUCAACUGACACCGGCGAGCGUGCACUUCCAGAAAAAUGUGAAACGCCUGAAGUUUAGCACCGCCGGCCAUUUCACGGGCUUUGACAUGGCCAGAAUUUAUUCGCACAAAAGCCAGGAGAAACUGAUGGUGCCCGGCCUCAUUGACGUGAAGAGUGGUCUGUUCCUGGCCCGCGGACACCUGACGGCCAAAGCGGAUCUAAUCUAUGCCAGUCAGCAGAGGAGCAGCUUCAACUACAUGAACGUGGCGCCCCAGUGGCAGAGCUUCAAUGGUGGUCAGUGGGCCGACCUGGAGGACUCCACCCGACGAUAUGUGGCCCGUUCGGGCAUCGUGGCCAGUGUGUAUACGGGCAUCUAUGGCGAAAUGAAGCUGGCUGGCAGCAAAGUCCUUCACCUGACCACCAAUGCCAAUAACACUGGUGUGGUGGCCGUGCCCCAGCUCUUCUAUCGCGUCCUCAUCGAUGUGGGACAUCCGACCCGCGGAAUCGCUUUGGUGGGUGUCAACAACCCACAUGCCACUCUGGCCCAGAUCCACGAGUCCUAUAUCAUCUGCGAUCCCGUGGAGGACCAGGUGCAUUGGCUUAGCUGGCUGCACAAAAGCAACGCCAAGGGUAACCUGAAGAAGGGCUAUCUGUAUGCCUGUUCGGUGCCGGAUUUGGCCCGGGCUGUCGGACAUUUGCCACGCCCCCUUCUCGAGGUGGAUGAGCUGCUCACUUAGAUGUGGGCGGUGGCGGUUCGAUUUCCCAUACGUUUGAGUGAGUGCAAUAAAGACUGAGUGGGUUGUGCGACACAAUAGCAGUUUGGUAUUAAUGA